UGUUCGGCGUUCUCGCCGACUCAUUCGUAGCGCUAUGGGCGACCGCUGACUUCAUAUACAACAGAAGAUAGCUGCUCAAAAAGGAAUAUGAGUAUAUCAAACAGGAAUUCGGCCAACCAUGACGACCUAUACAAAGACUUUCAAGUUGAACACAGGGGCGGAAAUUCCAGGCGUGGGCUUUGGCACAUGGCAAGCAGCUCCCGGAGAAGCAGGCAAGGCAGUGAAGACUGCAAUCCGAAAAGGAUACAGACAUUUGGAUUGUGCGCCUUUAUAUUGGAAUGAACCGGAAAUUGGCCAGGCGCUUUCGGAGGUGCUCAAAGAAACAUCUAUACCGCGUUCCGACAUUUUCAUCACCACCAAACUAUGGUCCUCUCAACACUCAGAUGUGGAAACAGCCCUUCGGAAAUCACUCGGAGACUUGCAGCUGGAUUACGCAGACUUGUAUCUAAUGCACUGGCCGAUAUCACUCCCGCCAAACGAUCCUUCGCAACCAAAUUUUGGCAAAGAAGACCGUACCAUUCACGCCCAGAAUUGGGAUUUUUCAAAAACAUGGGCCGAGAUGGAGAAGCUGCUAUCCACUGGGCUAGUCAAGGCCAUUGGUGUUGCCAAUUUCUCCACGGUGAAUCUUGAAAAACUUCUGCAGACAGCAAAGGUUGUGCCGGCAGUGAAUCAAACGGAGUUGCACCCACUGCUACCCCAGGGAAAGCUUAAUAAAUUCUGUACGCAGCACGGCAUACAUCAAACUGCAUUUGGUCCAUUGGGUGGCAAAGGUUCGACGCUUCACACACAUACGACCGUUCUAGCUUUGGCGGAAGAGAGGAAUGCGACACCUGCGCAGGUGCUCCUUUCGUGGGGAUUGAGACGUGGAUGGAGCGUAAUACCGAAAAGCGUCAACGAAGACCGGAUUCAAGCAAACUUGAACGUAUUUGAAAUGAAUGGAGAAGAGCAGAUCAGAUUGGAUGAGCUCGUAAAACGGGAAGCGAGGAGAUUUAAUAGACCCAACUGGGGAACAACUGUGUUCCACGACGACGACGAAAGCGUGGCAUGAUCAACUUCAAUUCGUAGUACCUCUAAUAUCAUAACUGGGUGCUGGCCAAAGAGCGCGGUCAUCAUCUU